CUCCAAUCUACCAAUACCAAGCCUUAGGUGUUUACUGGCAAAUGGUAACUUCACGUGGGAUUGGCGGAGGUUUUCUUGCCGACGACAUGGGCUUGGGAAAGACACUUUCGUAUCUUGCUUACAUUGUCGUUGAGCGCCAACUUGCUGUCCUCCACAGGAAUGUCGCCAAGUCCCGAGAAGUCAAAGACGGACAACAUUUACUUGUGGGUCAAGAUGGGCAGUGUCCAACUCCUCCCACUGAUGGCUGGAUUAUUUGUCCAUGCUCGGCGUCAAGCCCAACGUCAAGGAUGCAAAUACAGCCAGGGUUGAGGAUGGCCUGUGUUCCAGCAGCUGUGGUGAAGCAGUGGUGGGAUCAGUGGAAGCUUCAUGUGGAUACUGCUGACCAAGCUCUGGGGAUGAAAAUUGCCAUAGAUCACCCUGCGGUCUUCAAAGACAAUGCAUUAACCUCAGCCGACAUGUUAUCGAGUGCAGCAGCGGCCCAAACCAAGAACCGCAUGGAGCCAAAGAAAGCAGCGAAGGGCACUAAGGCCGACGACGAGCCAAAAGAGAACAAUGACAGUAUCCUUCUCGUCACUACACAAGAAGGCUUUCCAAACCUUGUCAAGGAGUUCUCCAAGGUAGUUGGAGGAUACAUUCGUGACUCGAAAGAUCGCAAUUCCUGGAUUAAGGCAUCUAAACAGAAUAGGUGCUCGCUCGUUUUUGGUAUAGCGAUGAUUGACGAGUGCCAUGAAGCAUAUAUCAAAAACUCGGGACGCGCAAAGGUUCUCGUAGACCUACCUAGAUUCAACAACUCAGUACGUCCAUUUGUAUGGGGAUAUUCCGGGACUCCAUUUUCUCAGACCCCUCGAGCCAUCGAAGGUGUGCUGUGGGCCAUCGAGAAGCAUUCGGACGUCAUAGACGAAGACUUUUCUUGGAAGAAGCUGGAUCGCAUCUCCAAGCAGUUUGACCAGCAGCUAAAAAGCAAGGAAUUCGAUCAUAGUGCUGUAGAUGCCUGUCUGGUAGAUUUCAAAUCGUUUUUGAUAAGAUAUAUGAUCCGACGGGCUGCAGAUACUUUAUGGUUCGACCAUCCACUGGCGAAAAUGAAGCCGCACAUCCAUACAGACGUGUCUGUAAUAUCGAAGCUAUCUUUUACCGAGGCUACUCGUGACUAUGAGAACCAGUUCGACGCCGAGAGGGAAGAAAUGUUGAAAGCCCUGCAGACCAGAUGGGACGAAACCGCGCCAGAACUGAGACGGUCCAACAUCAGGCCAGUGAAACUCGCCUUCAAUGUCAACAUGCGUGCCUACUGGAGGUCUAGGCUUCUCGCAACACUUCCCUACUUGCAGAUGCUGACUUCACCUGAUGGGGAACCAUUGAAACUCUCUACAGUGGAAGUGCUAGACUAUAUCCAAAAAAAGAAAACACCUCGAGACUCUAAUUCGUAUAAGGACAAUAUAAAGGCAAUUAUGGAGAAUUCUCCUAAGUGUUUAUGGCUACAUGAUUUCAUGAUUAGACUGAAAGGUUUAAAAGAUGUUGAAGGCGAUGAACAUAAAUUGGUGAUCAUGACAGCUUUCCCACAGGUUGCAUAUGUCGUGAGUCUGAUCAUCGACAAAUACUUUCCCGAGUACAAGGAUCUCGUCGGUCUCAUUCCAGGGAGAAUGAGACCAAGCGAGAAAGUAAAUAUAAUCAACGCAUUCACUGGUAAAGCCGAUGACAAAAACAGCCAGAAAGGCAAGAAGGACCUUCGUAUCUUGAUUGGGCUCACUCGAAUAAUCGGAGUCGGUUUGCAACUACAGAGAGCCUGCCACGUGAUAGUCAUGGAGCCGGACUAUGAAUUUAUUUAUGAGCUACAGGCAUAUGGUCGGGUGCACCGAAUUGGCCAGAGGAAUCCAAUGUCGAGAUCAUUUCGGUUGAUUGAUGGUAAUAGCGAGAUUGAGAGUAAGAUAUUACAAAGGCAAGUGGAUAGAAAAGAGGUGGCAGGGACAAAGAUCAAUGAGGUUGAGGUUCAUCAGACUGAGGUGAGAUUAUUUGGUGAGAAUAAGUGCGUUGAAGUUUAA